UCAUCAUCAUCAGCAUAUUUCCACAAAAAACUUAAUUUUUUCCAUCAACAUCAUCAUCACUGCGUCACAUCGAAUUAUUCAAUCAAAUUAACAAAAGAAAAAAUGGCCGAUGAAAAUGAUCAAUCGAAAUUUCGUUUACCCGGACUUUAUGGCAAUACGGAUUUGAAUUCACGCAUCAACAAGUUCCAAGAACAGGCAGAUAAACAUAAAGAAAAACAAAAACUCAAUCCAUUUUCCGGCUCAUUCGAUGCUGUAGCAUCAGCUAAACAAAAAUUAAACAAAGAAGAUUCAAACUAUGGAAAACCGGUAGAAGGUUCAAAAACUGAACAACGGGGCAAACAAGCAUCACAAUUGAUUGCAAACGAAAUAAAAUUAUUAUUGGAAAUCAUACACAAACAUGGCACUGUGAAUGAAGAAUCGAAUAAAGUUGAAAUCAAAUUCAAAGAAUUAUUUGAAUUAUAUAAAGUUAUAUCAAGCAAAGUUGUUGGCCUGUUAUUACGUGCACGUAAACAUGGUCUGGUACAAUUCGAAGGUGAAAUGCUUUAUCAAGGUCGUGAUGAUAAUGUCAUCAUCAACAUGGAUCCUACCGUCAAACUGGAAGAUGUUCAGUUUGAUUGAUUCAAAAACAAAAUUCAAUUUUAUUUUCAUUUUUUAUUAUAAUUUAAAUAUAUUAAUCAAAUAAACCAGACAAAAAGAUAUUUUUGUUGCCAAA